ACUGAAUACUAUGCAAUAGUUAAUACGGACACUUGGUGGCGCUGUAGGAUAAGAGUGUGAAUAAUGUCUCUGCUAAAAAUCGGGAGCCCAUUAUGCUGGGAAUCAAAACUGAAUGCUCCCUAAAGGAAGGAAGCAUUUUAAAUAGCAUGUAGGGGAGAGAUCUUCAGAGAAGGUACCAUUCUAAAUGCAAGUGUGCCACCUUUAAUUAAUGAUUAUUUAACCAAAGCAUCUGGGUGGAUUGUACACUGAGGUGAAGAAACUGCACCUUCUGGACCAGGUCUGAACAAUGGAGACUGCACUAGCAACCACGCUGCACAAAAGGCAAGUGAUUUUUCUUGUUACGCUGUUGUUUUUCGGGGGUGCUAGCUCUGAGGCAAUUAGGUAUUCGAUGCCAGAAGAAACAGAAAGUGGCUACCUUGUAGCCAACCUGGCAGAAGAUCUGGGGCUCAGGGUGGGGGAACUGGCCACUCGAGGAGCGCGAAUCCAUUGCAAAGGAAAGAAACAGCUCUUGCAGCUCGAUGUAAAGACUGGCAAUUUGCUUCUACAAGAAAAGCUAGACCGGGAGGGGCUGUGCGGGGCGACAGAACCCUGUAUGUUGCAUUUCCAACUGUUACUGGAAAACCCGGUGCAGUUUUUUCAAGGUGAUCUGCAACUCACAGAUAUAAAUGACCAUUCUCCAGAGUUCUUAGAGAGGGAAAUGCUCCUUAAAAUCCCAGAGAACGUCCAGCCAGAGACUAUGUUUCCUUUGAAAAUAGCCCAGGACUUUGAUAUAGGGAGCAACGCUGUUCAGAACUACACAAUCAGCCCCAAUUCCCAUUUUCAUGUGGUGACUCACAAUCGCGGAGAUGGCAGAAAAUAUCCAGAACUGGUUCUGGAUAAAACGCUGGACCGAGAGGAUCAGCCCGAGUUCAGUUUAACGCUCAUGGCGCUGGAUGGUGGGGUUCCGCCCAGGUCCGGAACCUCAACAGUACGCGUUGAAGUCCUAGACAUCAAUGAUAAUGCUCCUGGAUUUUUACAGUCGCUCUAUGAAGUACAGAUUCCUGAGAACAGUCCCCUUAAUUCUUUGGUUGCUGUCGUCUCUGCCCGAGAUUUAGACGAGGGAAUUUAUGGGAGUGUAGUCUAUUCUCUAUUCCAAAGCAAUGCCUUUACGGAGCCAUUUGUAAUAGACGAACGAACCGGAGAAAUUCAUCUGAAAAGAGCAUUAGAUUUUGAGGUAACUCGAUAUUAUAACGUAGAAAUUUCAGCUACAGAUGGUGGAGGACUUUCAGGAAAAUGCACUGUGGCUAUAGAGGUGUUAGAUGUGAAUGACAACGCCCCUGAACUGACCAUGUCCACGCUCAGCAGAUCCAUCCCAGAAAACUCUCCAGAGACUGUAAUUGCCAUAUUCAGUGUUUUUGAUCCAGAUUCCGGGGACAAUGGUAGAGUAGUUUGCUCCAUCCAAAACGACGUCCCCUUUCUUUUGAAGCCUUCUUUCGAGAACUUUUACACCCUGGUCACAGAGGGUUCACUGGACAGAGAAAAGAAGUCAGAGUACAGCGUCACCAUCACGGUCACCGACUUGGGCACACCCAGGCUGAGAACCCAGCACAACCUAACCGUGCAGGUCUCCGACGUCAACGACAACGCCCCGACCUUCACCCAGGCCUCCUACACCCUGCUGGUCCCCGAGAACAACAGCCCCGCCCUGCACAUCGGCACCGUCAGCGCCACGGACAGAGACUCGGGCGCCAACGCCCAGCUCACCUACUCGCUGCUGCCGCCCCGAGACCCGCAGCCCGGCCUCGCCUCGCUCGUGUCCGUCAACGCCGACACCGUCUCGGCGCCCGAGGGCCCCUUUCCGGACCGCCUGGUGGACGUCGGCGGCGCUGGGACGCUGUCCCACAGCUACCGGUAUGAGGUGUGCCUCACUGGAGACUCUGGUACUGGUGAGUUCAACUUCCUCAAGCCACCAUUUCCCAACCUCCUACCCCAGGGUUUUGGGGAAGAAACAGAAGGAAAUGCUGUUGUCCGGAAUAGUUUUGGGUUCCAAUAGUGAUCUGAUAACUAUGCAGUGUUUUUUGCACGUAUCCCUAAAUUACAAAGAUAUAGAAGUGUACAUAAACAUUUCGCCUUCAGACAUAGCUUUGAUUUUUCUUGUAAUGGAUUUUUCUGUUGAAUUUUAUCUUCAGCAGUUUGCAAAAUUCCACUUUUUAUCAUGAUGCGAGGGAUAGAACCCAUGACCCAAUUUGUUUGUACCUUAGCACUGAAUUGUCCCCCAUUCAAUUCUACGUAUUGCACUCAUUUACAUAUUGUUAUUCCAAAUUAUUAUUGUUAUCCCAAAUCCAUGUGAGCUGUUUGCUUUCCUGAGAUUUGUUUUAUCUUCUUGGUAUUUGUUUUCAUGAGCCAUCUUAAUAAAAUCA